UGGUCGGUAGGAAUGUGGGGAGGAGACUCAGAGCCUGAUUUUGUGAGUACCUUCGCACGUAUCAAACUAAAAACACAAUACUACUGAAUAAGGUCACAGCUCCACAAAGCUAAAACAAAACAAAAUUCCCGGAUGACCUAGUAGUGCCGACUAAGUAUGUUGAAGUCACCAUUCCACAAAUUCUACAGGCGAGCGCACUGACCCUCUUUGCAACAAUGCAAAGUCUCUAGGUGUGGAUGGUCGGUGUUUCACACAAGACCCGCUACGAAAAACUACAAUAGCAAGGUAUGUUUGUUGUGGACCUGUGGUUUGCGAAGCGUUGUAGUUUAAAUAGGGACGCAAUUGUUGGCCGAACGUCAGAAUCAUUUCUGACCUCCAUCUUCACAUCUCAACCUCCUUCGUGUCAAUAUGCAAUCAAACACCGAUUCAUCAGCCAUCUCGGGCACCAUUACUCGUCUUCAGUCGCAUGUAGACAUGUACGAGGCCACAAACCCAAGCCAUGUCAACUAUCGUUACUGGCAACUCGUCCAAGAGAUGGCCAAGAUUGUGCAGUCCAUCGGUCCUCCCAGGGGAUCUUCAUCGCCUAUCGGGCGCCUGCCCGCCGAAAUCCUCGCUGAAAUUUUCCUCUACUGCAUCCCAGAAGACGCAAACUGGGCGCCCGCGCCAGAUCUAGCCCCCAUGCAGUUGACUGCAGUAUGUCGACGAUGGCGGGAGAUUGCUGUGAACAUGCCGAAUUUAUGGCGCAGGCUGCGAUUGGAAAUAGGGCACGGUGACUGGCAACAGAGAGCUUUCUGUUAUGAAUCCUACCUCGAGCGAUCACGGGGACGUCAACUGUCAUUGACUCUCGAGUGUGAUAACAAUAACUGGACAGAGCUACGAAGCCUGCUCCAGCCACACGUCGAUAAAAUUUCCUCACUGCAUGUUGGAUUAUUCUCCGAUGCCGGCUCCUUUCCACUGGUGCUGGCGGACUUCGGCGGACUCGAGGAGCUAGCUAUAUACACGGAUGGUUUUGGUCCUGCACCAGCUCUCGACAAUAUCGAGGACUCCAUUACGCAUUUGCCGCCCAACAUGCGCAGUCUCAGGUUAUUGGAUGUGUUGCUUGACUUUCGGACGUUGACUAGCCUCAAUUCUCCCUCAUGGGCCGGUCUCACAAAUCUUGAGGUUCUGGUAGUGGGACUAGUUAGAUUACCCCGCUUGCUUCGUCUUUGUCCCAAUCUUUCGUCGUUGACGAUGAUUGGAGUAUUCAUGGUGGCGAUCGAGACCUCAGAACAAUUGGCGCACACCAAACUUCAAUCCUUGCGCAUUUCCGGCAAUUUAUCUACGGACUCGGUCUUGUUCGGACUUCUUGGGCUAUUCGAAAACGUCACGCUCCCGAAUUUACGCAUCGUCGAAGUUAGCAAUAUAGGAGGAUGGGCUCACAAAGAAUUCAAGGCGUUCAUAGAACGGUCACAGUGCCCCCUAGAAAGCUUGAUCUUCGGCGGUGGAGCGAGGACGACGGCUCAGCAACGAGCAGAAUAUCUCACUCUUUUCCCAUCUCUCGAACUAGUGGUAGAUCCUAUGCGUUCCUUGUUUCUAGAAUAGACUGGGACAGUUUAUGUACAUAGUUGACGAAAUGAUGCUCACAUGAUUAUGAUAUACGAGUAGUCGACACAAUCGAGAUUACAUCUCAACUGUUCUUGGAGGGGGAAGUGGAUUAGAACACAGAAACUUGCAGCAAUAUCCUAUGCAGUCUUUGCACGACAUAUACAGGCAAAUGAUACUACAUCCUUCUUGGCUGAUAACUCAAAAGCGCAUACAUUAGCAUAAUAAUCUAUCUAGCUCAGUAUAUAUCUGGAUAAU